UACAAGAUGGCAACACUAUCCUCCAGUCGUGCACAGAGAAUUGCUGAUUUAUCCGAUCAGAAUCGCUUCAAUUCUAUUUUACGAAACAUUUUGAAAGUUCGCGUUCCUGGUUUGCCAAUAUCGAUGUAUAUAGCUACUACGAUGAACAAGUUAGACUGGAACGUUCGGCUGGAUCGCUUUGAAGAUGAGACCCCAUAUGGCACUGUACAAUUUACUAAUAUUAUUGCCACGCUAGAUCCAAAAGCGAAGGAAAAAUUUGUUCUUGCCUGCCAUUAUGACUCGAAAUAUUUUAAAAUAUCUCCAACCGGAAAAUCGUUUUUGGGUGCUAUCGACUCUGCAGCUCCAUGUGCUAUGAUGAUCGAUGCAGCUACUGCCUUAAGUAGUCAUCUGAAAGCGAGAAAGAGAAACAAAGAUGUCACUUUGGAGCUUAUCUUUUUCGAUGGUGAGGAAGCCUUUGUUGAAUGGUCAGAUAAAGAUUCCUUGUAUGGCUCCCGUCAUUUAGCUGAAUUUUACGAAGAGGCCACUGGUACAAAGCUGGACUCUAUCCGCGCUUUGGUAUUACUCGAUUUAAUUGGAAGCAAACAGAUGAGAUUUUAUAACGGUUAUCCAGCUACUUCGCAAUAUUUUGAAAAGAUGCAAAAUAUUGAAAAACGCCUACGGAAGCAGUUAUAUCCUCAUCCACAGUAUUUUGUCGGCAACUUGCUUAAUAGGCCCUUAGGUGUUGCAGACGAUCAUGCUCCAUUCGUAUCUCGAGGCGUACCUGCUCUUCAUCUUAUUUCUACACCUUUUCCGGAUGCAUGGCACACUUACGAAGAUGACGCAACCGCUUUAGAUUGGAAUACCAUUGAUAAUUUGAACAAAAUUCUAAGAUUAUUUAUCGCAGAAUGUUUACAUCUAUGA